UCAUGCGAUAACUGGCCAACUGUCGAGCCUAAUUCUGUAGUAACAUGAACAGUUACGAUUCGCUUGGUAACAACGGAGCUGGCCCGUCCGGGACCGCAGCCGUAUGUCACUGGCUGAAGCACAUGAAACUGUAUCGGGUCGUGCUAAUCGUGGUGGUUUGCUCCUUAACGCUACCGUUCGUCUUCUACAAUCUGCUCGUGCACGAAGAAUCGAGCGUCCAGCACAACGACAUCCACCGUACCCGGUCCCAGCUCUUCACGUUCGAGGAUGUGAGCCCACUGAAGGCGGCCGAUCUGAAGCUGCGCAUCGACGAGAUGCUGCGCAUGAAGGGUACGGUAUCGCUAGAGCUGCGCGAUCUUGAAUCUCGCCGCCAGAAGCUACAGUCGGACAUAGGGCUGUACAAUCAGAAAAUUGACGAACUAAAGCAGGAACUCGCCCGUCAACAGACGGAACUGGAUCGGCUGAAAAUCUCCGUCGAACAGGCACAGGUAGCGCAACGUGAAGCGGUCCUACGCAACACACCGGAACUGGCACUUCCGCGUGCACUGUUUUCCGACUCGCUGCCGGCUGAGAUGCGACCGAUCGUUGCUGAACAGAGCCGAGCGUGUAAGAUGAGCACCUGCUUUGAUCAUUCGCGCUGCAGCCUCACAUCCGGGUUUCCGGUGUAUCUUUACGAUCCGGACACAACGACCGUGGUAAGCGAGGGAUACGAUAUCGACGGUUUCUUAAAGACUACCAUCAAGCUAACGCUCGGUUACAAUGCACAUCUCACGACGGAUCCCAAAAAAGCGUGCGUAUUCCUCGUGCUUGUCGGUGAAGCACUUUCCGAGCACGAAGUUCUGAAGAACAACCGCUACAACACCGCCCAGGGAGCAGGUGCGGCCCGGUCUAUAGCUGAUUCCGCCGCGUUACACCCAUCGAGUCUAAACGUUACCAGGCUCCGGUUGCUUCCAUACUGGGGCGGUGAUGGACGGAACCAUGUGCUGCUAAACUUUGCCCGUCGGGAAAUAGGGCCCGGUUCGGGUAACAUGCUGCAGGGACGCACGAUGGAGACGGGUCGUGCAAUGUUGGUGCAGUCCAGCUUUGAGGAAAAUCAAUUUCGGGUCGGUUUCGAUCUGAUUGCGCCGCCCAUACUAGGACCACCCGGUGGCGACGUGUGGCAGGAGUGUGCCCCAAUGCUACCGGCCAGACGGAAGUAUCUGCUCAGCUUUCAGGGUGAACUACACGGGCAGAAUGGUACGAUGGGUGUGGCCGGACCGCACGGCACGGAUGACACGGAAAGCGAUACGGUCGAUGAGUUCAUUAUCGAGCAUCUGAAAGAGAUGUCCUCGGGCAGGACGCAGGAUUACUUUAUGCUGCAGUUCGAGUGUGUGCCAGCCACGGAGCAACGCAGCCCGUCGGGAUUGCGCGAGUGGUCCCUGUGCGGCACGGAUAAUUCACGCAAAGCCGUACUGAAAGAAUCGACCUUUGCAUUGUUGCUGGCGCCGGGAGGAGGAAGCACGAGUUCCACGUUGCUGCAGGCACGUCUUUACGAAGCUCUGCGAGCCGGGGCAAUUCCGCUGGUGCUCGGAGGUGAUCAGGUGCAGCUUCCCUACGCGGAAACGAUCGAUUGGAGGCGUGUUGUGAUAUCGCUACCGAAGGCACGCAUAACCGAGCUACACUUUCUGCUGCGUGCCAUUCCCGAUGCCGAUUUGCUAACGAUGCGCCGCCAGGGCCGGCUGGUAUGGGAACGCUACCUUAGCUCGGUGCAAUCGACCGUCGAUACGAUCGUGGCCAGUCUGCGCAAUCGGCUCGGAAUCCCACCGAAACCGAUACCCUCGGUGGUCGCGCACAGCGUGUUCAACUCAUCCUUCGUUCCGCUGAAAUCCGAUCCCGUCAUCGAUACCGAGCCGGAAGAAUCACUCGGCCCCAUUGAACCACCGUACCCCAGUCCGGCAUUCCGCCGAAACUACACCGCGACGCUCGUUCAAUCGCGCGAAAUGUGGAAUGAUUGGGCGGACCCUUUCGCACUCUAUCCGCAGCUGCCGUUCGAUCCCGUACUGCCUUCGGAUGCGAAGUUUAUCGGCUCGCACAUGGGCUUCCGGCCGAUCGGGAAGGGAGCGGGUGGUACCGGGAAAGAGUUUGGCGAAUCGCUGGGAGGAAACUAUCCGCGCGAACAGUUCACGAUCGUCAUACUGACGUACGAACGGGAGCAGGUGCUGAUGGAUUCGCUAAGCCGAUUGUACGGACUGCCGUACCUGCACAAGGUGAUUGUCGUCUGGAACUCGCCGAAACCACCGCUGGAGGAUCUCCGCUGGCCGGACAUUGGUGUGCCGGUGCACGUCGUUCGGGCACCGCGUAACUCGCUCAACAAUCGCUUUCUGCCGUUCGAUGCGAUCGAAACGGAGGCGGUGUUAUCGGUGGACGACGAUGCGCAUCUGCGCCAUGACGAGAUACUGUUCGGCUUUCGCGUGUGGCGAGAACACCGGGACCGGGUGGUUGGUUUUCCCGGUCGGUUUCAUGCGUGGGAUGUGAACUCGCUUGACUCGUGGAACUACAACUCGAACUACAGCUGCGAGCUGAGCAUGGUACUGACCGGGGCCGCCUUCAUACACAAGUACUACACGUACCUGUACACGUACACGUUACCGCAAGCGAUCCGGGACAAGGUGGACGAGUACAUGAACUGUGAGGACAUUGCGAUGAACUUUCUCGUAUCGCACGUAACACGCAAACCACCGGUAAAGGUAACAUCCCGCUGGACGUUCCGAUGUCCGGGGUGUCCGGUGUCGCUCAGCGAGGACGAUACCCACUUCCAGGAGCGCCACAAGUGCAUCAAUUUCUUUACCAAGGUGUUUGGAUACACACCCUUGCUGAACACUCAGUACCGGGCCGAUUCGAUCCUGUUCAAAACGCGAAUACCACAUGACAAACAGAAAUGUUUUAAAUUUAUCUAAAUUUUAUUCGAAAUUCGAAUGAAUCAAGAAAAUUAAGUCCCGCACCCUUUACUCAUCGUGAUCGACUCCGUCCAUCGUCCAUUGUUGUCGGUUGGAAAGGUGCAACUAAGCACUACACGCACGGACGAUGUCGGUUUCUUGACACGGGCGAACUUUCGCGUACCCUCUACGGCAGAGAAAACAGUUGUCCUCCUAGCCUGGAACAAACUACAGUUAAUGUGAAGGGAAUUUUUAGCAGCCACAACACCAAUUGGUGCACCACCCGUUUGUUACGUUAUUAGUGCGUAUUUCAGCCACCUAAAAACCAGUGGCAAACACAGAUGCCAUCUAGUAGAUGUAGUUCAGUUUAGGAGGUUUAGCUUCUUGGUUUGUGUUACGAACAUUGCACGAUUGCAUUAUUUUCGGUUUAAAUGCGAGCAAAACGUACCUGCUUUUAACGGUACUAAAGCAAACACGGUAGAAGAAUACACCACCAGUAAGCAAAUCUCAUUCCAUUACCAAUGAACAUCCCAUUGGACUGUAGUUCGUAUUGUCCUAAGCACGAUAGAGCAUAAUCCGUAAUAUGUUAGGUUAGCCAAACAAAGGGGGAUAUAGCUAUUGAUAAGUUUUAUUUUCGGCACGACUGAGCAGUAGCAGCUAGAAAAGCAAUCAAGAUUAAAAGGGGUAUUAUAAAUAUGUGGUGUUAUACCAGCGCGUUUGCGUAAAUAUGCAAUUGUGCGCUAUGGGGAUAUAGUUUUAAUUUUGCCUUAAAAACACUCCGGAUCGUUCGGGACCGCCCAUUCAGCACGGGGGCUUGUUUGUGGGUGUGUUUUGUUUCCAUGCGUUACCUAGUCCGGUUUGUUAGUUUUGUGUAUGUGGUUGGGAUGUGUUUUAAAAUCGAUUAGCUAUAGGUACCUAGUGCAGCUUUAAGUAAGAAUGCACCGUUAGGAUGUGCAUUCGCGUACUACUCAUUCGUACUCUGUACUAUGCGACAAGACUAAUAUAAAAUGACAUGUGUAUACUGUGCGAAUGAUGGAAGAAUAAUUGUGUGAAUGGUCCGAACGGUCGUACGGCGCACGAUGAUAGAGAAGAAUUCUGCCAACAGAGGAGUUUCGAGGACGAAACUGGUUGGGAGUUGGCGUUGAGCGAGAAAUAUUUCCAACAGCGAUAUCAAUCACAACAUCACGCUCUAAUACAAUCCCGCAGUUUAAAAAGGUGAGCAGUUUUCUCACCUGUACCUCCAUUCGAGCAGUGCCGAAGAUGAAUUCUCACCCAAAGCAACCCAAAUUUUGUCUCACUGCAAUAGUGGAAAAACAUUCGCGAAUGUAUGGUCAAAAGUGUUCUGUAAACAAUUUU